ACAAUCAUCUCCCACAUACUUCUAAGUACAUCGGCAUAUCACAACUACCAAUCAUGGCGAAUCACCAUCUCCUCCUCAUUCUUCUUGUAUCUGCCUCCGCUGCGACCUCUUUAGCCUCCGUCACUCCGAGCAGCUCUCCCUAUUCAACGGUAUACGAGCUGCUAGAGAAGUACAGCUUCCCACGGGGAAUCCUGCCAGAGGGUGUUCAAGACUAUGCCCUCCAGCGAGACGGAUCCUUUGAGGUCUCACUCCCCGGCGGCUGUGAGAUCAACGUUGGGGGAUUCACUCUUCGAUAUGAAGGAAACAUGCAUGGCAACAUCCAGUCCAUGCUGAUUAACGAGCUGACAGGGGUGAGCGUCAAGGUUGCAAUAAAAUGGGUUAGCAUCAAUGCAGUUGAACGACAUGGUGACCAGCUCAUCUUCAAUGCAAUUGUGAUAUCGAAAUCGUUUCCGGUUAACAAAUUCUCUGCAAGCCCGCGAUGCAAUCGGGUCCCUGAAAUUGCGAAGUAGAUUAAUGCAUUAGCAGCAGAACAAUUGCUUCUUGGUUUUUUAGAUCAACGGGCUCAAUUGUUUCUUGAUUCGUGUGGGUUUGUUUAUUGUGACUUCUUAUGUGUUUUUCCUUCAAGAGUGCUAUCAAUAAAGUCACAAAUCUUACAAAA